AUGGUGCUCAAUAACUCCACCGAUCUAUCUCUCUGCAUAUGUAUACUGAAUAACUCCUCCGAAACUCCGAACAACACUCAUUGGCCCCAUGCAACUGAAAAAAAGUCUUUCAUCAUUAAAAACCAGAGGAAAAUACCCACACUUCAAAAUCCAUCCUUGGUUUUCGUUAACCUGGUGAUUGUAAUUGCUACUAUGGUUUCACCUGCUCCAUUAGCCGAGGCUCGAGCCUUCUUUGUUUUUGGUGACUCACUCGUUAAUAAUGGCAACAUUUACUUAGCCACUACUGCCCGUGCUGAUUCUCCACCAUACGGCGUUGAUUAUCCAACGCACAGACCGACAGGCCGCUUCUCCAAUGGCUUAAACCUCCCUGGCAUUAUCAGUGAGCAAAUUGGCUCGGAGCCUACAUUGCCUUACUUGAGCCCUGAUCUCCGUGGCCAAAAACUACUCGUUGGUGCCGACUUCGCCUCCGCCGGGAUCGGUAUCUUAAACGACACUGGAAUUCAGUUUGUCAACAUAAUAAGGAUGUUCAGACAAUUUGAGUACUUUCAAGAAUAUCAGAGAAGAGUUACUGAGAUAGUAGGACAACAACAGGCACAGCGGCUAGUAAACCAAGCACUGAUUCUCAUCACACUAGGCGGCAAUGACUUCGUUAACAACUAUUUCUUGGUACCUCUGUCAGAUAGAUCACGCCAAUUUUCUCUUCCGGAAUACUACCGCUAUCUCAUUUCCGAAUACCUGAAAAUCCUCCUGAGAUUGUAUGAAUUAGGCAGUCGGCGGGUCCUGGUGACCAGUACCGGACCAUUAGGCUGCGUCCUGGCUGAGCUAGCCAUGCGGAGCAGGAACUGGGAAUGUGUGCCGGAGAUCCAACGAGUAGCAAACAUAUUCAACCCUUUACUUGUCCCGUUAAUCCAACAACUCAACUCCCAGCUCGGUUCUGACGUUUUCGUUUCGGCCAAUGCCUUUUCAAUGAACAUGGACUUCAUCUCCAACCCUCAAAGAUUCGGUUUCGUGACAUCAAAGGUAGCAUGUUGUGGACAAGGACCCUACAAUGGACUAGGAUUGUGCACCAGAUUGUCAAAUCUGUGCCCCAACCGCGACGUCUACGCCUUAUGGGACAGUUUCCACCCGACUGAGAGAGCCAAUCGCUUCAUCGUUCAGCAAUUCAUGGUAGGAUCUACUCGGUACAUGAAUCCAAUGAACCUAAGCACCAUCAUGGCCAUGGAUUCAACCACCUCAUAA